CCUCUCCCCCCCUCCCCCUCCUCUUGUCCCUUCCCCUCUCCCCCCCCUGUACCCUCUCUGUCCCCCCCCCCCUCUGUCCCCCCUCUCCCCCCCCCC